AGAGCCAUUUUGUUUUGAAUUAUUUCUCUCUCCUCCGCCCGCGUUACCUUUGUAAGUGUGGCAUUCAACAAAACUAUCGUGUUUGGAAUGCCACAACAUCGUUUCAGUGUUCUGGUAAUCAACAUAACGUUUUAUUUUAGUAAAUAUUUCCUAUAUCAACUAUAUUUUAAUCGAGUGACAUUUUUUAAGAGCUUCAGUUUAUUCAGUGAAUUUUUUUUGGCACUUUCCAAAAUUUUUGUAUAACUUAAUAUUUAGAAUCGCCUAACACCAAUAAUUACGCGAUUUGGUUAGUUAAAUAUUAUAAAACUUACUGCAAGUAUUUCUAUGAUAUUAAUGACCAGUAGUGUGAAUGAUUGGAUUGCCUAAAGAAUUUAAAUCUAAAAAAAUCACUGUGAAGAUUGAAAAUAUGAAACGUAGAAGCUAUGGUCGUGACUCGCCGCCUAUAUCUCGUAAAAAACGACAUGGAAGUAUUAACCGCUAUGAUGGAAGUUCUGAUGAAAGGGGAUCUCCUGAACGUAUACGUCGUAGAGCCAGAUCUCCACCUAGUCCUCGACCAUCUAGAUAUUCAGAAAGAGAUGAGUUUGGUCGUUCUAGAGAUUUAGAUAGAUCUCAUCCUACUUACAAAGUUCUUUGUGUUAGUGCUUUACAUCCUAAAGCUAAUGAUGAACAAGUCAAGGAAACUUUAUAUAGAGAAUAUAGAAAAUUUGGAGAAUUUUCUGUGAGAAUAUCUCAUGAGUUAGAAGAAAGAGUGGCUUAUGUUUGUUUUAGAAGUUCAGAAGAUGCUAAAGAUGCUAAGCAUAGUAAGCCUAGAAUAAGUUUGUUUGAAAAAAUUGCUGUUGUUACUCCUGUUUAUGAAAGUCGUAGCUCUAGAGAUCAUUAUGAAUCUAGAACAUCUAGACGUUCUCGUUCUCGAAGCUAUUCACCAGAUUAUGAUCGAUAUUAUCAUAGGUCUCCCAUUCCUGCAGAGCUUCAUAGACCUCAUCCAGCUGAUAGAUUUUAUGAAAGAUUGCCUUAUGGUUCACUUCCUCCAAUGUUACCUCCAAGAGAUUUCAGAGAAAUAGGUCUACCACCAUUGCAUCCUCAUGAUUUGAUGAUUCCAAGAGGACCUUUAUUACAUCAUGUGGCACCACUACAUCCUCAUUUAGGGCCUAUGCAUCCAUUAUAUGGGCCACCUAGACAUUUUUUGCCUCCAUUUAGACCUCAUCCUCACCCUCAUUUGAUGCAUGAUAAAAAAGACAAAUUUCCCAAUUAUUUACAUCACAUUCCUCCUGAAGAUGAUCCACUGGCAACACGUACUUUAUUCGCUGGAAAUCUAGAAAUAUCAAUUUCUGAUGAAGAACUUCGCCGAAUUUUUGGUAGAUAUGGUGUUGUUGAAGAUAUUGAUGUUAAAAGACCAUUACCUGGGACUGGGAAUGCAUAUGCAUUUGUCAGAUAUCAAAAUUUAGAUAUGGCUCACAGAGCUAAAGUUGAAUUAUCUGGUCAAUACUUAGGAAAAUUCCAAUGUAAAAUAGGUUACGGUAAAUCUACUCCUACUCAAAGAAUAUGGGUUGGUGGCUUGGGUCCUUGGACAUCAUUAGCUCAAUUAGAAAGAGAAUUUGAUAGAUUUGGUGUUAUUAAAAAAAUUGAGUAUGUUAAAGGUGACACAUGUGCUUAUAUUCAAUUUGAAAGUAUUGAUGCUGCAACAGCUGCAGUAAAAGAAAUGAGAGGGGUAGCAUUGGGAGGACCUGAACACAAAUUAAGGACUGAUUUUGCGGAUGGAGGAGUUUGUGGUAGUCCAACAUUAACUUACUCAUCAAAAUCAAAGUCUUCUCAUGAUGAUGUUGCUGCAUCAGCUGGAGAUCUAAGAGAGUUAUCUAGGCGUGAUGAUUAUUCAUAUGGAUGGCCAGAUGGUGAAUAUUCUUCCUACAGUUCAAGAAGUUACCGUAAGGGUCGUUCUGAAUAUGGUGAUGAAAGUAGAGAUUUUGGUAGUUAUGAUAAUGGUCGUUCAUUCAAACAUUCUGUUUCUGAUAUUGGUUCUCCUCGAUCACCAGAAAGAUCUCCUCUUCAUCAAUCCAUUGACAGUGAUGUAGAUUCUGAAGAAGGUAUUGUACAAUCAUCAGGCCCUUUGAAUUCUGUUAGAACUUUAAAUGAUUUAGCUCGUAAAUGUACUGAUAUUUGGCAGGGUAGUCUAGUUUUAAAAAGUUCACAAUUUCCUGCCAAAUGUCAUUUAACUUCUGGUGAUUCAAGUGUUAUAGAAUCAAUGAUGAAAGAUGAAGAAGGUAAAUCUACAUUACGCAUAACACAACGAUUACGAUUAGAUGAACCAAAACUAGAAGAUGUCUCUAAACGUAUAAUGACUGCAGAUAUGCAUGCAAUAUUUUUAGCAAUGCCAUGUUCUACUAAUUCAAUUGCAAAUGAUGAUGCUUUAGUACAAAUAAGGCCAUUACGUAAUUUAGUUUCAUAUUUAAAGCAAAAAGAGGCAGCAGGUGUAAUAUCAUUAGUAGGUAAAGAACCAGAACCAACUGGUGUGUUAUAUGCUUUUCCACCCUGUGAGUAUUCAGCAAAUUUACUAAAGCAAAAUGCUAAGAAUUUAAGUAAUGAAACAUUAAAAGAUGACCAUUUAGUUAUUGUAGUAGUGAGUGGAGGUGUUUCUUAAUUUUUAACUAAUUUAGAGAAAAAGAAAUAUUGGAAAUAUUUAAAAUAGAAAUUGCAAAUUAUAAAUAAAUUUGGUAGAUUAGGGUUAGUUGAUAAAUGACAAUUUAAUGACAUUUACUAAAAAGUUAAUUUUUAAUUUGUCACUAAUAUGAUUAAUAACAGUAUGUUUAUGUUUAAAAAAAAACAUAGUUUGAAUAAAUAAUUAUAUUAGGUGAUUUUGUAAUGUGUAAAUUCAUAAUUUUUACAAUGUGCUUAAGUUUUUUUUUUUUUUUAUUCAGUUUUUUAAGUUCACACAAAAUUACAGAAUUUAAAAAAUUGUGUAAAGUGCAUUAGUAUUUAUUUUAUAGUUUUUAAUAGUGAUAAAAUUUUUAGUUCAUAAUAUCGAUAUUGUAAGUUUUAUUUAUGUGUAAUAAAGUGGCAAAACAGUAAACAUUUUUAUGAUCAUAAUGUGAAAAAUAUUGUAGUUUUAAUUAUUUAUAAUUAGUGGUAAUGAUGUAUUUACAAAGUUCUAUAAAAAAAUUAUUUAUUUGCUUUUAAAUAGUAUUUAAUGCAGUGAAUAAAUUAUAAAUAGAAUUCUUUUAAAGUGGUACUAAUUUGUUUUAUUGAAAAAGUUAAAAAUCAAGUUUUAAAUUGUGGUUCUGCUACAUUAAAUUAUUUUGUGAAAUUAAUUUUGUAUGUUAUAGUACUUUCAACUAUUUAAUAAUACAUAUACCUUAAAUUAAAUAAUAAGUGUAUUUUUAUUAAAAUCAAAAUAUCAAUAUAAAUUAAAUUUACAAUACCAGUGCUUGUGCCGACUCAGAAGUAUUGAUUCGUGUGUCAUAUCAGUGUUGUGGUGUUUGGUGAAGUUUGGUGUUACAUUUUUAUAUCUUGUGACAAUUUAUUUUUUUACUAUGCACUAUAUUUAAUAAAUUAUUUUGAUAUUUUUUUA